GAUACCUCCACUCAAAUUCAUUUCACAUCCCCACCAUCAUCCAUGUCAACAGUAACUUCGGACGUCGAAUCGCCGGCUCUCGCAUCAGAAGUCAUGACCUCAGCCUCUCCAUUGCCCUCUGCGGUCAUGGCUCCCCCACCCCUCGACACGGCCUCCGUCACAGUAUCCACGCCGUCCUGGCUGCUCUGGCAGUUUCUCGACUCUGCACUCCCCACGGGCGGAUUCAUCGCCUCAAACGGACUUGAGGCCUUUGCCAAGCUCCACCCUUCCCGAACUUCGGUCCGAGAUAUUGAAUCCUACAUCAACUGGAGUGUUCAUUCGUGCGGGUACACUAAUUUGCCGUUCAUCAGCGAGGUCUGGAAACUGGUCGAUGCCUGGACAUUGAAGGAUCGGGAGCUCAAGACAGAGCGAGGAAAGGCCAGGGCGAUGGAGGCUGUGCUGCGCAGGAUCUCGAAUUUGGAUCGGGAGUAUGAUGUGUUUAUGAAUAAUGCGAUCCAGAACGCGGCGUCGAGGAAACAAGGGGACGGGAUUGUGAUGAUGGGGGUCAAGUGUUUUGCGGAGCAAUGGGAUCACAACAGGAAUGCAAGUAGGAGCAAAGGAGGUAGAGGUACAGGUGGAAAUGGAGAAGAAAAAGAAGAAGGAGAAGAAGAAGAAGAAGAGGGUGAUGGAGGAAUGGAUGAAGGGAAUGAAUUGGGACCGAACAUCCGGAUCCUGAAACCGUUCAAGGCUAUGCUGAGAAGCGAGGAGACUGCGGGACAUUAUCCGAUUGCGUUCGCAAUGAUUGCCCGUUUGCUGGGGUUUGAUCUUGCAACGACACGAUACCUGCAUCUGCACCUGCAUGCACGAACACUCCUCUCAUCCGCGAUCCGUCUAGCUCUGGUGGGACCAUUCCAGGCGCAGCAUAUCAUGACGCGGUCGCAAGCCAAGGCGCGAUUCAUUGAUGCCAAGACUGCGGAUCUGACAAUCGAAGAUGCAGCGCAGACGUUCCUCGUUGGAGAUAUUUGUGCGGGUGUCCAUGGACGACUCUGGACGAGGUUGUUCAACAGUUAAUGAGCAAGAAUUUAUUUAUUUAUUUUUUUAUAGAAAAAAAA